GGGCGAUUCAUCAUGGGACAAGCAGUCGGCUUCGUGUCGACCUCCGAGUUUUUGAAGAUCGAUGAGAGCGAGUUCCAGGAGUGCCCUGUCAGCGAUCCGAAAAAAAACCGUCCUUGCUGUGUGCUACACAUCAGGAAGCACGGGGCUGCCCAAAGGCGCUGAGAUGACUCACUACAGCUUCGUGGCGUGCUUCUACACGACCAGGUUGCACAUUCCCUGGGGAGAGCCAGAUGUCCUUCUUGGCUUGCACGCUAUCACGCACCAGGUGGGUAUGCUGUACUGCAUGAUAGCUGUCCUUGACGGCGCAACGUGUGCUGUCGUGCCGGCCAACCUUACCCCGCUGGAAAUUAUGGACGCUGUCGACAAACAUAGGGCGACGGCAGCAUGGAUGUUCCCUGGCCGACUCCAAGCUCUGGUGCGCGAAAUGCGGCGCACUGGCCGAACGUUGCCCAGCAUGCGAGGGAUGGGCGUCGGUGGUAGCUUGCUUUCGACACAAGCGGCCGAACGGGCUCGUCAAGCAUUCGGUGGUCCUCGAGCUCCUUGUGCAAGUGUACGGCAUGACCGAGUCAUGUUGCUGUGUCACUUCUCAGCCGAAGAAAAAGGAGCUGAGCGUCAGCGCUGAUGUCGGCUUCCCUGCUACGAAUGUUGCUGU